AUGAAAGCACUCCGUUGCAUUUAUUUCACCUUAAGUGUUUUAGCACUUUACCAGUGGGGUUGCUCGGCGAGGACCUUUGACUCCGCGGUCCGUCACAGGAAGCCCACCAAAGCGGUUUUAGCCGAAGCUCAGGCCCAUGACGCGCCCACGCGCCAGCUGAGAAGACCGCAACACCAUGGUCGGAAUAUCUCCGGAGAGAACGCUCAAACCGCCGCACACCGAGCCCUCGACGUCCCCGCGCACACCUACCUCCCGGAUGUCUCCGUCACCUGCGCCGCGUCGGACUUCGUGGUUCGAGUCAAACCCGCGUUCUACGGGCUGGAAGCGGACGCCAGCGAGCUGAGGCUGGGCGGCAGCUGCAGAAGUAACGGCGUCCUGGCUGCGCACGGCGACAUGCUCUUCACCUACCCCCUGACCGCCUGCGACUCCACGCGAGUGCUGACACCUGCCUAUUUAAUCUACAAAUUCCGGCUCCAUUAUGUGCCGUCACCGAUGCGGUUCCCGCUCAGGACGCAUCCAAUCCAAGUGGAGAUCGAGUGUCACUACCAGAGGGACCACCAUGUUCACCAGCUGACUGUGCAACCCACGUGGGAAACCACUGUCCUCAGAAAGGGCCUGAAUGGGAGUCCGAAUGACUUCAAGAUGGAACUGAUGGAUGAGUUCUGGAGCGACACCCCUCAGUCUCAGGUCUAUCAACCAGGAGAGACAGUGCAUAUCCAAGUCUCUGCCCCUCAAAUGCCUCCUGGAGGGAAGCUGUACAUAAAAAACUGCUAUGCGGCGCCAUCGACUGGCCCGCAGUCGUCCAAGAUAUACACGAUUAUUGACAAUUUCGGUUGUUUACUGGACAGCAAGAAAGACCUGGGCGCCUCACGCUUCGUCUCCCGCACCGAUGACGCGCUGAGGUUCUCCCUGAAGGCCUUCCAGUUCAUUUCCAGCCCUGACACUGAGGUGAGCAUCCACUGCAAUUUGUUUGCCACGACGGAGGAGCCGGGUCCUUCACACAAGUCUUGCUCCUACGUGAGCGACAGGUGGACCGCGCUGCGAGGCGACGACUCGAUAUGCCAGUGCUGCGAUUCACACUGCGUUGCCUUUAAGAGCUCGACCGACAUCAUGGAAGGACUGGCCAGCAGCGAGUUGCUGGUUUCUGACCAGCCACUCUCUGAGCACCAAGGCAUUGACUGGGAGGAGCCACCCAGUCCAAGAUUCUGGAGGGAAAUUGUGAACAAACUAGCAGAUGAAGACUAUUCUGACAUGGAGGAGGUGGACAUGGAGUCUCCGGCUCUGUGGGAAGGGACCGACCCAGAAGAAGGCUCCGGGUCACAGGAGGGCUCAAAACCUUAUCCGAGCUGGAACAAGUCACAGAAUCGAGGAGGAAUGAAGGCAUACGAGGAGCAGAGGAAGACUGGGGGUGGCCCAGAGCAGACCUGGUACUUCCCCUGGACCUAG